ACUAUACGCUAGCAUCCUACAAACCCUCAAUGGAUUAUUUACUUUACAACUUGGGCCGAGAAGCACUCAUCAAGGAAUACAAGACAGGGACCAAGUAACAGAGUACAAGUGCCGGACCAGGCACCGAGUACCGAACCCGGGUACUUUUCCAAGGACCAGAUCAGUCUCCACGGGGCGGAGGACCCGGCCCUCUGACGUCUCGUCAACUGUCCCACUACAUCCAACAAUCUCCAAAACGCCAGCCUUUCAAUUUUUUUUUAAACCUUUUUCAGACUAGCAUCCAACCACGACGUUUCUUUGAUCUGAAAUCAAGAACCUCACCACGAUAAUUUAAUAUGUUUAUUGUUACAAACUUUAAUUAAAUAUUGUUAAUGAUCUUAUGUUAAUUUUCUAAUAAGGGCCGGCCCAUUCUUCUAUUAAUGUGAUCUUAAUUCCAUGUUUUAUUUGUUUUCAGUUAAUUCACUUACAUUAUGUAGCUCUAUAUUAUAUAAUUACAAUUAACCAAAAGUAAAAUAAAAACAGAGAAACUAACGUCUGGAACCAAAAGAUCCACUCGUUCCCCUCAGUCAUCAGUAUCCUGAAGAAAUAUCACUAUUGGAAUACCAACCUGGAUUUGCAGUUAGAGGACUUCACUAUGAUAUAGAGAAGGGUUUGUUACUUAAACUCGACUCUUUUCUACAAAUACAAUUUGGUGCGGUGUAUCGUGGUCUUACUCAAGUGUCUAAAGAGGAAGUGCUUACUUUGUACAAUAACCGCUUCAUUCCUAUCACAGAUGUAGAAACUCAUCCAAAACAAUCCUACCUCAAGCAGAAAAUGAUGCAACUGGCUGACUUGUUUUCUGUUCCUGAAAUGGGUCUUCUCUGUAAUGUGGCAGAACAUUUUGAGAAGAAUCAAAUUGAGUAUCACCCAGAAAUUCUUUUUCGUGAUGUCAAGAAUUCAGUGCAAAAAAGUCACUUAAAAAUGCAUGCCAUUGUGGGCCAAAAUGUACCAGAGUUCCUGGAAGAUAAUAAGGACAUACGUGUGUAUUUGGAAAAACUGUCAGAUGCUGGAAAGAAACUAUUUCUAGUGACCAAUAGCCCCUUCCAUUUUGUAAACAAAGGCAUGGAGUAUCUUGUUGGUGAUGACUGGAUAGAUCACUUUGACCUAGUGAUAGUCCAGGCUAGAAAGCCCCGUUUCUUCACAGAAGAAUCUCGGCCAUUUCGGAUUUAUGAUCCAGAAUGUAACCGGCAGCUGUGGGACCGCGUCACCACUCUGGAGAAAGGAAAGAUAUACUUUGAGGGCACAGUAAAACAGCUCCAGGAUAUGACGGGCUGGCGAGGCCAGCAAGUCUUAUAUUUUGGAGACCACCCCUACAGCGAUCUUGCAGAUGCUACUUUGGAGCAUGGCUGGAGGACCGGAGCCAUUAUCAGGGAGCUUGCACAUGAGAUUGAGAUGCUCAACUUGGAGAGUUUCAAACAUGAUGUAAAUUGGCUUCAGAUGCUAACUCAGUUAAUUGAAGACUAUCAGAAUGUGGAAGGACAAUCUGAAGUGAGAGUUCUUGCUGAGUGGAUUAAUGAGAAAGAGGAUUUAAGGCAGAAGACGAAGCGCUUAUUCAAUGAGCAGUUUGGAAGUGUGUUCCGCACGUACCACAACCCAACAUACUUCUCACGUAGGCUGUUCAGAUUCGCUGAUAUUUACACUGCCAACAUAACAAAUCUUCUGAAAUACUCCGUGAAUCAUACGUUCUAUCCUCGCCGCGGUGUCAUGCCACAUGAAUACUCCUCUUUAUUUAUGUAAUAUUUACAUCACAUAGUAUUGGAAGUUGCAUUUGUCCAACAACAUCUGUGAUUAUUAAUGCAACGUAUUUUAUUUUUAUAGUUUUUACUAAGGGAGAAUUAAUGAACUCCUUUUCUUACCCAUUCUUUGUGUAGACAAAGCUUCACAGGAACCACAUGGUUUAUCUGUUUUAGAGAAUGUGUGUUUUUGCUCAAUAUGUGUGAAAUGGUUUAUCUAGUGAGUUUUUUAUGUGAUAUUUUGAGGCAUUCUGUGAACUUUAUACACUGAAAGAAUCUGAAUCAGCUCAUUUUAUGUGUAGCUGGCUUCCUGAAAACACUAUUUUAUAUGUAUCAGGUUGUUUGCUGUAGCACUCGAGCUGCAGAAUGGAUACAUAUUUGUUCAUUUUUUACCUUUGUUGUGCCAAAUUAGUUAGAAUUUUUAUCAUAUUUCUUUUUUAGUGUGUAUCUUUAGUAUACUAUACAUAAAAUAAUUUAUCUCUUAGUGUCCUUUUAAUUUUGGUCCAUGACAGUUUUAGCAGACUGAAGCACUUAUUAAUUUGUUUAGUUAGGCUUGUUCCCAUAUUGUGGACAAAUUUUGGUAUUCUUUUAAUAGUCAAUUAGUGGUCAAAGAGAGACUUCAACCUAAUUACCCUAUAGAGUAUAGCUAAGACAAUUGAAAUCAAUUGCUAUUAUAAUAUGGUAUUGGCCAUAACUUCAAAAAAAAAUUUCUGUUAAACUAUAGUGUUAUAUAAAUCAUGUUGUAUGAAAAUGUGAAAAAUAUUUUUUCUUCUGCCGAAAUAUUUUUUCCCGGGUCAUUGUUAUCUACUCUUUGCUGCCAAAAAUGUUUAUGUGAAAAUAGUAAAACUUAAAUUUAUCCUAUCUUGUUCAGUAUUUGAAUGAUUAAUAAUUGUUUUCUUUGUUUGUUAUAAAUACUCGGAACACACCUUAGCACACAAGUCAAAAUUAAGUCCUUUUGAGGAUAACCGUUAAGUGUGAUGUACAACAGGUAUUGGAAGAGCAUAUUGAUCUGAAUAAAUAUUUAUUUUUAUUUAAA